AUGGCGACUGGCCGAAUCAGUGUAGCUCCAAUGGCGCCAUUUGAUCCUAUGUCCGAUCCAAACUCUCUCAGUCAGCGCUGGAAAACGUGGAAACGACAAUUUGAAACAUAUCUUGUUGCUCUGAAUGUGACUGAAAAGAAACAAAAGCGGGCUCUCUUGUUGUACCAAGCUGGCCAAGAGACUCAGGAUAUUUUUGAUACCCUUGUUGACAUCGGCGAAGACAACGAUUAUGAUUCCGCUAUCGCUGCCCUCAAUACGUAUUUUUCACCUAAAAAACAUGUCGAUUUUGAAAUUUUUAAGUUUCGUGAAGCCAAACAACAACCACAUGAAACAAUCAAUCAGUUUUCAACUCGUCUUAGGAAGCUGGCGGCAACCUGUGACUUCGAAAAUAUCAACAAGAAAGUAAAAUCGGCCAUAAUUCAAAACUGUUUAUCGAAACGUCUACGACGCUACGCCCUGCUUGACUUGGAAGUUACACUAGCCAAGAUUCUCGCAAAAGGCAGAGCUUUUGAACUCAGUGAAUCGCGGGAAACCGGCAUUGAAAACGCACUAGACUCAACACAUAUUUCUGACGAAGUAGUUGAAGCUGUCCAUCCUACAAUGAAACAUAACAACCAUUGUGAUAAACAACAUACAUCGUUUCACCGCCAAGACUUUUACACCUCAUCAGAGUGUCGGAAUUGUGGGGGGCCCUGGCCCCAUAACAACAAUAUUUGUCCCGCGAAAGGAAAAUCUUGUCUGAACUGUGGAAAAUUAAACCAUUUUGCGAAAGUCUGUCGUAGUGCUCGCAAGGUUCGCGUCGGUCAACAAGAGAAUCGAAAGGCCUUCAAAAAAAAUACCACAAAAACAAAGUUCACAAGAUGUUGAUGAUGAGGAUGAAUUCAUUUUUACUCUGAAACUUACAUGUAGAGACAAAACAACUCCACAGGUUCAAAUCUCGGUCAACACCACCCCUAUCAACAUGGUUAUCGACACUGGUGCUUCCAUCGACAUCAUUGAUGAACUUGCUUUCAACACCUUGCAAAAACAGAGACCCAUAGCCCUUCAACGUUCCAAAACACGUAUUUUUGCAUAUGGAGCUACAAACCAGCUACCUGUUAUGGGACAAUUUCGUGCAACUCUAGAAUGUUUGACUGGUGCAACACCACGCAAGUUCAUGUUAUCAAAGGAAAUUUUGGUUGUUUGCUAAGCUAUCAAACGGCAUCUGCUUUGGGUCUAAUGCUGAAUGUUGACAAUGUGAAACCAGAACAUGCCACCCAUGAACAACUGAUGAAAGAGUAUGCCCAUCUGUUUAACGGAAUUGGCACUCUUAAAAAUUUUGAAGUUAAAUUGCACAUUGAUGAUACUGUCCUCCAGUAGCACAACCCCUCCCCCAUCGUAUUCCUUUCCACAUGCGGCAAAAGGUCUGAGAUGCGCUCGACACGUUAGAAAGUGAUGGAAUUAUUGAAAAAGUAUCAGAUGCCACUCCUUGGGUCAGUCCAUUAGUUGUUAUCCCAAAGAUUGUUAUCCACCAUAUUUACAAAGCUUGAUCUUCGCUCGGGAUACCACCAGUUAUCUCUCGCUGAGGAAAGUCAACACAUAACCACAUUUGUAAUGCACAAAGGACUCUAUCGCUACAAGAAGUUGAAUUUUGGCACCAAUUCGGCAAGUGAAAUCUUCCAACAUGUAAUUAGCGAACAAAUCUGUGACAUUCCGAAUGCCAUCAACAUUAGUGAUGACAUAAUUAUCUUUGGCAUAACACAAGCUGUGCAUGACAAAGCUCUUCAUGAAAUUUUUGAGCGGUUUUCUCUCAUUGGAUUAACCUGUGAGUUCAGUCAAUCGCAGCUCACAUUUUUUGGUUUUGUAUUCUCAGGUGAUGGUAUUUCACCAGAUCCAGUGAAGGUUUCAGCAAUUCACAACUGCCCACCUCCAAAUUCAAUUAAAGCUGUUCGGAGUUUCCUUGGGAUGGUGACAUAUUGUGCGAAAUUUAUCCCUAAUUUCAGUGAUCUCACAGAGCCUUGGCGAGAAUUAACAAGAAAAAAUGUGCCUUUUUGCUGGACAUCUAGGCAUGCUAAAUCCUUCAACACAGUAAAAGCUGUCCUCACAAGUGCGACAGUUAUGGCAUAUUUUGAUCAAACCAAGGAAACAGAACUUAUCACUGAUGCAUCACCUUUUGGUCUCUCAGCUAUUCUGACACAGAAAGUCCCAGGAUCAGACCAACGAAAUGUUGUUGCAUAUAUCAGUCAUUCGCUGUCAGAUGUUGAGAGACAAUACUGUCAAACAGAGCGAGAAGCUCUUGCAAUUGUGUGGGCAAUUGAACGUUUACAUAUCUAUCUAUACGGAAGACAUUUUACUCUGAUAACUGAUUGCAAACUAGUUGAGUUGAUUUUAAAUAAUCCACAAUCAAGACCUCCAGCCAGAAUUGAGAGAUGGAAUUUACGCUUGCAAGAUUAUGACUUUAAU